AAACUUGUAAGUAGACACUGUCUCACUUUCGAUUCAGAUGUAUCCUUGUCUUGGGGAGUACUAUGGCCUAUGUGCUCUGUCUUCUUCAUUCAUCACUUCCACACGCGAAGGAGAGCGCCAACCGCUUGUAGUCUCCUCGGAGCACCUGAGACGCUGACAUACGCGUCUUCACCGACGACAUCGACGAGCCUCUGCCUCAUCUCACAUCGCAGCCCAAGCAUCUUGUAAAGCACUUGCCCCAUGACUCCCACUGACGUACCCCUCGUCCCCCUGCUCCUCGCCGCCUUCCUCGGCUUCCAUGGCCUACGCAAACGCUCCCUCUCGCCCUCCGGCGCAAUCGCCGCGUUUGUUGUCGGCUUCACCAUGAUGGCGGUCCCGCUCCGGGCUUUUGGCGUCUCCUUGAUUACGUUCUACCUCGUCGGCUCACGCGCGACGAAAGUGGGCAAGCAGCUGAAGGUGCAGUUCGAGGAGGGCCAUCAGGAGGCGGGAUAUAGGUCGGCGUCGCAGGUGCUGUGCAACUCCGCGUCCGCAUUUGCCGCGACUUUGGCGUGGAGUGCGCUGUUUGUGCGUGGGUCGGUGCUCGGGAGUGUUUUGGGGGACGCGCUGCCCCCGCAGGUGCCGUAUGACUUGGAUGAGUGGUGUCCCUUGACCCCGCCUGUGGCCGCGAGCUGGAGUCGGUCGUUGCUGUUCGUGGCUCUUGGCCAUUUUGCGUGCUGUCUUGGUGACACGCUCGCGUCCGAGCUCGGGAUCCUUUCUCGGUCUCCACCUAUUUUGAUCACCACACUGAAGCCGGUUCCCCCGGGUACCAAUGGAGGUAUGUCUGUCACUGGGACACUUGCGUCGCUCGGUGGAGGACUCGUGAUGGGCGUUACGCUCGCUGUCUCGCUCUUCGUGGAGAGCAGCGCAUGCCGAGCGAGUUGGCAAGACAUUCUGCUCCCACUUGUUGCGUGGGGAACUGCUGCUGGCGGUCUUGGAUCUCUACUUGAUUCUUUCAUGGGAGCCACCAUUCAGCGAACACGCUACUCGAAUACUACGAAACGUAUCCUGACUGACGAGAGUUCCCAGUCCGCCAAGGAUGCGGACGUAAAGGUCGUGAGCGGUUUGAACAUCCUUACGAACAACCAGGUGAACUUGCUGUCCUCAAUCGUGGUCGCCCUCAUUCUCGGUGCUGUCGCGUGA